AUGGUGGUGCCUGACACCCAACAAAAUACACCAGCGGAGGAUGAUUCUUCCAAAGUGGUCGCAUACAACCCAGCAACAUACAUCACUACCACCACCAGCACAUUGCUUCCAAGCAAUAUUGCAAACUUUAUUACCGCCGUAUCCUUAGCAACUCGAUUAUCCCUACGAUGUUCCGCCUUGUUUAUGGAAGCCUUAUUCGAGGCUGCAAAAUACAGUACCGUAUUUUCAUUCGGGCUGUCAAGACAAGCGUUAAUCAGUGCCAUAUCCACUGCCAAAAAGGUCCAUGCAUUAACGUAUCCCAAAGAUGACGACGAUAUGAUCGACGCUGAAAGAGGUGGCUUUCUUCAAGUCUUGGACAAGUACACGAGUCUUGGUGUGUAUCUAAUCCAUCAUACCUUCACACUGGCAGAGUUAUUUGCUCUUUCCGGCCUUCAGUUUACUUCCAAUACCAUCCAAACUGGUCUCAAGGCAGCUGAGGAAUCCGUGCAAGUGAUUGAUGGGAUAUUCGGGUCGAAUGAAACAUCGCGGGCGAUUUCAGCCAUUGUCACGCUUGUGCAUGGAGAGUUGAUGCAGGAUCCCGAGUUCGAGUUGGCCAAGGAGGGCAAGAUGGCGAUCUUGGGAGGACUCACGAAGGCUAUGACGGCAUUUGCAGUGCUGCAGAAUGUGACACACAAGAGGACGAUGCAUGAGAUGAUGAAAAUGACGCUUAUGUGGAAAGGUCUUGUGGUGGAUGAUGAAGAGGAUGAGGAUGAGGAUGGUCAAGGCACUCGGAUGAUAUGUGCAGGAGAUGAUCACGAACAACCAUCGACGGAUAUCAUUCAUGAGCUGGAAGAACUCCUUCAACAACAGCAACCUGAGAAUGAUAGCUCAUUAUCGCUUGCAUUGGAAGAGCAACGAGAGAGUUGGCAGCAAUAUCCCAUGUAUGAAAUCACCACUACCACACAACGAAUGACUACUCAGACGACCCGUAUUCAACCCAUUGCAGCUGAUGGAUCACGCCCUCGUGCCAAAUAUGUCGUUGUCAAUACAGAUGAAGAAGAUAGAGAAUCAUUCAUGGCCGUCAUUGAACAGCAGCAAACUACACUACCGGGUGCAUGGAUCGAACAUCCAGUAGAACAAGACGAAGAUGAAAACAACACCACCACCACCACCACCACCACCAACAAUGCACUCUCAAAGUUGAAACAAAAGCCAUCACGUGGCCUGAAAAUCAUGCUCUCGGCUGUCUCGAAGACGUUUUCGCGCAAAAAAGUCGAACGGCAGACCUUUCAUGAUAAUAGCAGUCGACGACUUGUACGCCAUGGCAGCAUUGAUAUGAUCGAUGAUGUGGAUAGUAUCGAUGAUAAUGAUAUUACAAUGACUGAAAGCACAUCCACCACCUUAAGAUCGACUGCAGCACAAUACUCAGUACCUGCUGCAUCCAGCAAACCAUUACCAUCAACACCAGCAGUGGAAGAUGACGACAAGACCAUCAAACGCAAAUCAUCAUGGGGCAGAUUGAAGCUUAAGGCAUCGAGAAGAAAAAGUGUCACCAGCCUAUUUCAAAAAGGAGCUGAAGCACUCAAGAAGCAAGCAACAGCAUCAUCAUCAUCAUCUCCUCCACCGCCUGUACCCAGUUUACCCCAGCAUCAAUCCACUACCAAUGGAUCCUUUUAUUUACAACCUAGUCAUUCAUCAUCUGUAGCCAUUGAAUCGCAUACUUCUAUCUCGGGGCGUCGAGGAAGAUCCAAUUCAAUCACGAGCAUGUCAAGCAUGUCACAAACAUUUACAACCACAACAACUUUCACAACAGCUCCUUCUUCUCCAUCCACUUCUACUUUACAACAACAACCUUCUUCGUCAUCCAACAACAAACGCAUCAAUACGUCGCUUUUGCAUCGUCAACAACCAUCUCAACCUGUUGAACGUCGUCAACGUACCCUUGUGCGUUCACCAUCACUUCCUUCCAAUCGUCAUAAGAAACGCAAACCUCGUUCGCCUCUCGAAAGUGAGCCGGAUCCACGCAACUUUCCACGUGAUCAUCUGUUACGCAACAUUGAACGAUUUUCACGCUAUGCAAGUGCAGCUUAUGGCGAAUCGUUUAUGCGCAUCUUACGUAUUGGUGAUAUUCCUUCAGAAUUGCCACAUUCAGCACAACAUCAUGCCAAUCAUCAUGCAUUCGCUCAUCAUACAGGCGUCUCUGUCGAUGACAUUUUGCUUUCCAGUUAUGCGGAUCAAGGGACUUUGAUCAAUCAUCCAAAAUUACAUGCUCUUGUUCAUUAUGUAACGGUGGACCAUGCAGCUCAAGCUGUGGUGCUUACGUGUCGAGGGACCCUUGGAUUGGGAGAUGUGCUUACCGAUUUGAUGUGUGAAUACGCCGAAUUUGAUCAUCAUGGUCGCACGUAUAUGGCACAUGGUGGUAUGCUCGAAGCUGCCCAAGUAUUGGCUCAUCAACGCGGCAAAGUGUACGACGCUGUCUUGCGUGGGUUAACGCUUCAUCCAAGUUAUGGUUUGGUUUUAUGUGGACACUCCCUCGGUGCAGGUGUUGCUAGUUUACUCAGCGUACUUUGGAGUGAGCAGCGACAGCCACAUCAAGCCCAUCAUCCAGGUGCAGCCUUGGCAUUGGCACGUGAUCCAGUUCCCUUUGUCACAUCCAGUGCAAGUGGAUUGCCAGAAGGUAGACCUAUUCAUUGCUACACGUACGGCCCACCUAGCGUCAUGUCACAUGAGUUGAGCGAUUAUUGUGGACGUGGUCUAGUCACCAGUGUGGUCCAUGGAUACGACAUUGUCCCCAGUCUCAGUCUUGGCUUAUUAAGAGAUUUCAAAAACGUUGCCGUCAGCUUAUCACAAGAGAGUUCAGUGGCUGACGACAUUUUAUCACGCAUCAUUGGUCGAUACAGCGGCAAAAAGGAGGAUGAGGAGGAUCGAGAACAUCAUGAACAAUGGUUUUGGGCGCUCAUUAAAACGAUGCGAGCUGACAUGCGAGCUGACAAGUUGUAUCCUCCCAGCACCGUUUACCUCGUCGAAUCAACACCGCAAUUACAUCAUCAUCAUCAUCAUCAUCAUCAUCAUCAACAGCAGCAACAACAAGGGCGCAGAGGGUCAAAAAGAAAACACAAAAGGGCUCACCAAGUCAUCUUUGAACGAUGUGAUGAUGUGCAGACACGUUUUUCUGAAAUUGUCUUUUCACGAACCAUGUUUACCGAUCAUGCGCCAAACAUGUACGAGAACGCCAUUCGUAAAUUAGCACAGGGAUACUUUAGUUCUUGUUAG